GGCUUGAGUAGUAGUUUUGUAUAAUUGCUAGAUCUGAAUAAUGAUUUAUAAGUAAUUUUCGGAGUCUUUGACUAUUGGUUUAUUUUGCGGUUGGGGGAGAGUGCGCCCAAAAAAAGAAAAAUGGUUACGGUACAUAUAAAGGCCAAAUUCCCAACUUUGCUACUGAAAAUUCGGUUACUUCUUCUUUAUUAAUCAAUUAACUAUUUGAAUAAGAUGUCUAACUCUUUAGAACAAUUAAAAGCUACCGGUACCACCAUUGUCACUGAUACUGGUGAGUUCGAAUCAAUUGCCAAAUACACCCCUCAAGAUGCCACCACCAACCCAUCAUUAAUUUUGGCUGCUUCUAAAAAACCAGAAUAUGCUAAAUUAAUUGAUGUUGCUGUUGAUUACGCUAAAGAUAAAGGAUCUACUAAAGAAGAAAAGGCUUCUUUAGCUUUGGAUCGUUUAUUGGUUGAAUUUGGUAAAGAAAUUUUAAACAUUGUUCCAGGUAGAGUCAGUACCGAAGUUGAUGCUUCAUUAUCUUUUGAUAAACAAGCCACUAUUGAUAAAGCUAUCAAUAUUAUUAAGAUUUAUGAAUCCAUUGGUAUUUCCAAAGAUAGAAUUUUGAUCAAAAUUGCUUCUACUUGGGAAGGUAUUCAAGCUGCCAAAGAAUUAGAAGAAAAACAUCAAAUUCACUGUAACUUGACUCUUUUAUUCUCUUUUGUUCAAGCUGUUGCUUGUGCCGAAGCUAAAGUCACCUUGAUUUCUCCAUUCGUUGGUAGAAUUUUGGAUUGGUACAAGAAUGCCACUGGUGAACAAUACACUGCUGAAACUGAUCCUGGUGUGGUUUCUGUUAAAAGUAUUUACAACUACUACAAAAAAUUCGGUUACGAUACCAUUGUCAUGGGUGCUUCUUUCAGAAACGUUGGUGAAAUUAGAGCCUUAGCUGGUUGUGAUUUCUUGACCGUUGCUCCAAAAUUAUUAGAAGAAUUAAUGAACUCUAAUGAUGCUGUUCCUCAAGUCUUGAAGAAAGAAACCGCUGUUUCUUCUGAUGCCGAAAAAGUUUCCUACAUUAACAAUGAAGCUGAAUUCAGAUUCUUAUUCAAUGAAGAUGCCAUGGCUACUGAAAAAUUAUCUCAAGGUAUCAGAUCUUUUGCCAAAGAUGCUCGUACUUUAUUGAAACAAUUAGAAGAAAAAUUCUAAGUAUAUAAUUAAUAAACCGUUAACUUGUAUUGAA